CGAUCGAUCUGGCCCAGCCCACCCGCACCCACACCCGCAAGACAUCACAGCCUGUCCAAAUCGCCCCCGUCUACUACUCCAUUCCUUUCUCUUCCCUCAUUGACCGCUCGGUGUGACUUCAUCGUUCAGUAGCCCAUGUCAACGGCCAGCCCCCCGCGCACCAGACCACGCCGGUCCAAAUCCAGCAUUCUUACCAAGAAGGUGGAGUUUGUCCGGGCCCAGCACCCAGGAUCAUACGGACCCGCCCUUGACCCCAAGGUCAUCGAAGAGGGAGGCCUCUCUAUUCCCUCUGAGGCCUCUAGUACUUCUCUCGCUCCUUCAGCAUCUCCUCAGCGACGGCGUCGUCCACGGCGAUCUCGUCACCACGACGACACGGAGCUUGCCGAUGGCGCUGUCCCUGCAGAGCCGCUUCCUAUCGCUGAUCAGAUUGGAACUUCGAAUCGCUCUUCGCAAGAGCUGUCCAACCGUGACAAUCCAAGGCACCCGUCCAGUACGUCGCCCCAGGGCCCAGGCGAGGCGGAAGAACAACCGGCCGACGUAGGUGCGUCCGCCUCUGCCGCCACCAUUUCCGGAGAAGCUACCACAAGCGAGCCGGGUCCGCAUAAAUCGCGCCGGGCACGACAAAAGCGUCGACCCAAGUCUUCAAUUGAGGGCGGUCAUAUAUCCGCGAGCCGCCCCGAUGGCGAUCCUUCCGGUAGCACUGCGCAUUCAUCUCCUCCCGAGGUGACGGAAGAUGGCAGCGAUAUCUAUGACUUCAAAGAUCUCGAGCACGCCCUUCCCCCGACACCCACACCGACGCGCCAAUCUAGAGCUGGGCCCAAAAGGAACCGACCGUCUGCUGUGCCAACAGCCUCAGCGACCGCGAUCGAGGACGAGAUUUCUACCUUUGCAAGCACACCUUCCGGUGGUGUCGGAUCAGAGCGCCAGGCCAAGGCCAGUUCAAGUGCUGCACCGCAACGGUACCCAAAGACCUCCAAGUCUCCGAAACACGCCCUUUCUGCCGAGCGUCCGCAAGCUAGCGCAGAUUCCAGCACGACUGUCAACUCUGGUGAGCGUGGACAAGAUCAGCAGCCAAUUGGGUCUCGGAGCGACAGCAUUGCCACCGCCCCUCGAAGCGAUGGACGAGCCGCUCGAUCAAAUCGUCGAGCCCGAGUAAAGCAAGCUGAAGAGGGCGCUGGAGGACAAUUGCAUGCUGGAAACGGGUCUGAUCGCGGCAACCAUGCCAAGAAAAUCGACAAUGCGUCUCCGCUUGGAUCCAACCCACAAUCGCGCCCCAAUUCUGCAACUCCCGUCCGAGGACAGUCUGCAAAUGCUGUCGCUGCGAAAAAUGAUGAGUCGGGCGAAAGCGCCAGCAAUUCAACCCCGACUGAGCGCCGGCUUUUCUACGAGGAGUACAUCACCAGUAGCGAGCUCCAAGAAGGCCUUCGUUCCGGAAAGCUUGUUUCUGGCUCGAUUCGGAUCAACAAAGUCAAUCGCUCCAAUGCAUACGUCACUGUUCAGGGCAUGGAUGAUGAUGUCAUGAUUUGCGGGCAAAUAUCGCGCAACCGCUCGCUCGAAGGGGACAUGGUGGCUGUUAGGCUUUUGGAAGGAAAGGAGCUGACCGCAGAGAAAUCACGCGAGCUGCAGUUUGUUCGAAAGAGAAAAAUGGAUGGAGAAACUCGCCAGAAAAAGGUCGAUGUCUUUUCGGGUGAUGCAAACAACGAAGAAGUUGAAGAUAUAGAUCGCCCGUUGGGAAAAGUCGUGUACAUUAUGGACCGUCGGCCCAAUCAAUACUUCAGCGGUACACUUCAUUUGGAUAUCAACAAUGGCUCGGCUGAGCCAAAGCGUAGAGAAGGCCGCCCUUUGCGAUUCAUAUGGUUUAAACCUACCGACAAGCGUGCACCUUAUAUGAUGAUCCCAGUUGAGAAUGGUGUGCCCAAAGAAUUCUUCCAAGAUCCCGAUGCUUUUUCAUCCAUACUGUUCAAGGCUGGGAUAUACAAGUGGAGGGCGUCCGACAACUUCCCGUUUGGAAGCAUCAUGGGCACUAUUGGUCAAAUCGGCGAGAUUCCGAUCGAAACAGAGGCACUCUUGAUUGACAAUGGAAUCGCCUGGAAGGACUUUUCCGAGAGCGUACUUCAGUGUCUCCCUGAUGUGCCGUGGCAUAUCCCGGCACAAGAAUAUGAAUCGCGACGUGACUUCCGAAGCACUCGUAUCUUUACCAUCGACCCUCAAACAGCUCGCGAUUUGGACGACGCGGUUUCGUGUGUCGAGCUCGAAAACGGCAAUCUCGAAGUCGGCGUUCACAUUGCCGACGUGUCGUACUUUGUGCCGCAAGACUCGGCUCUCGACGUGGAGGCCUAUAAUCGUGCCACCACCGUCUAUUUGGUGCAAAAUGCGAUCCCAAUGCUGCCACGCCUUCUUUGCGAAGAACUCUGCAGUCUUAAUCCUGGAGUCGAGCGCCUUGCCUUCUCAGUCGUCUGGGAGAUGGAUCGGAAUGGAAACAUCCAAGGCAACCCAUGGUUUGGGCGCUCGAUUAUCAAAUCAUGUGCCAAGCUUAGCUAUGACCACGCACAAGCCAUAAUCGAAGGGAAGGACGAUUGGAACGGCUUGCCAGCAGUGCAAAUCUCAAAUGGUUACACUUUUGGUGAUCUCAAACACGACAUCCUCAUUCUGUAUCAAAUCAGCAAAGAGUUGCGUAAGCGACGCUUUGAGGACGGUGCAUUAGCCAUCAACUCGAUCAAGCUUUGGUUUGCCUUGGAUGAAGACCAAAACCCCACCGACACAGGUGUCUAUAUGAUCAAGGAGGCCAACAAGCUCAUAGAAGAGUUCAUGCUCCUCGCCAAUAUGUCCGUUGCAAAGAAGAUCUCGCAGACUUUCCCAAAAGCUUCGCUACUCCGCCAGCACUCACCGCCCUCGAAAGGAUCGAUGGUGACCUUUAUCGAAUUGGCUGCUAAGCUGGGCUUCGAGAUCAAUCCCGAGACCAGCUCCACGCUGCAGGCAUCUUUCGAUGCUAUCGAGAACAACGAGAUUCGGCAGGUCCUUCGCCUGCUCUGCAUCAAGCCAAUGCAACGAGCAAAAUACUUUUGUACCGGAUCAGUUGAUUUGUCCUAUUUCCACCAUUAUGCUCUGAACGUGCCCCUGUAUACGCACUUUACAAGCCCAAUCAGGCGAUAUUGCGAUCUGGUUGUCCACCGUACCCUGGACUUUGUUCUCCGAAAAGAGCCGAACCCUUACAGUCUCAAGAGUAUCGAAGCGAUUGCUAAACAAUGCAACCUGAGAAAGGAUAACUCUAAGAAUGCACAAGAUGCCUCGCAGCGGCUCUUUCUCUGUGCUCUCCUUGCCAAGAGACUUGAAUCUGAUGGGAAUGACAGCAUCACCGAGCCCGCUCUGGUUUACAACGUUGCCAGCCGAAGCUUCGAUGUCAUCGUUGAGAAAUACGGCCUUGAGAAGCGUGUUUAUGUGGAGGACUUGGUGGAUGAGGGCCUGGCGCUUGGAAGCCAUUACGACGGACAAGGUUUGGCUUUGUACAUUUUUUGGAUCCGGGAUGCCACCGGCGCACCGGCUGUCGACGAGACCGUGUCCCACGAAGAUUACUCCGAUAUGCUAUCGAAACUCGCCGCAGAUCGAUCGUACAAACAGGAGAUCGAUCAGAGCCGGAUCUACGUGCAAAAAGUCGGCAUGUUUGAGCGCAUUCCCAUCCGAAUCAUACCAAACAUGGACAAGAGCCCCGUCGACAUUCGCAUUGUCGGUGCAGCACCCUGGACCCAUAUUCACAGCACCAGGCCCUCUGCCUCGAUGAGCGGAGAUAUCACCGUUGUAUGCCCUGCAAUCACUGACAUUGCCGAUUAAGCCUCGCCGAUGUGAGCGCCUUGAUUCCGGCGCCAUUCCGCGCCGACGAUGCGCCAACGAUGCGCCAUCUUGAACAGCUGUGCAUUCCACCUCGCGUCAAUACAACCUUGCCAGCUCAUCUGCCUGGCAGCGCUCGCAAAAAUGAAAUGGAGGCGCCCUGUUUUACUUUCGGAUGUCGAGAAAAUCGCGCUUUGCACGGGGCUGUGCAAAUCGUCGAACAUGCGCACAAUACAGCGUUUCCAAAAUGAAAUGCGACAUCCCCCCCCCCGUUUUUAACCAGGACAUAUAUUUUGUUUCUGGAACCUGAAUACACCCACCCACUC